GGACAUGCCCAGGGGGAGCCCGUGCAUGCUGGGGGGUGAGCCCAAUCACAGGGCAGUCUUUGACAGAUCAAUUGAUGUUUCUAUGGUAACAUGGUCGGUGUCGUCCUGAAUGUCGUGACAGGUGUGUGACUGUUCAAAUCCACAGUAUGUACGCGAAAGGAAAAGGCUCAACAGUACCUUCGGAUGCUCAAGCACGGGAAAAGCUAGCGCUGUACGUCUACGAAUACUUACUACACGUCGGCGCCCAGAAAGCCGCACAGACGUUCCUAUCAGAGAUUCGAUGGGAGAAGAAUAUAACGCUAGGGGAACCUCCUGGGUUUCUGCAUUCCUGGUGGUGCGUGUUUUGGGACCUGUACUGCGCGGCGCCUGAGCGAAGGGAUACGUGCGAGCACUCGAGCGAAGCCAAGGCCUUCCACGACUAUGGCUUCGUUAAUUCCGGCUACGCCGUCAACGGCAUCGCUGCGCACUGCCAACAACAGGCCACUUGUCGCUGCUGUUUGAAUCCUUCGGCACCAAGCCCGCUGGGUCAGAUGCCACCCAAUGAGGGCAUGCCCGGUGGCCCCAUGCCACCGGGCGGAUUCUUUCCCCAGAACUCGCACAUGAGGCCCUCGCCGCCACAGCAGCCCGCCAAUCAACCGUCCCCUCACCCCCAGCCCCCUCCCCCUCACAGUCAGAUGAUGCAGAACCAGCCAUUCAUGUCACCACGGUACCCUGGUGGACCAAGGCCGGGUGUCCGGAUGCCGCAGCAGGUGGACUUCAACCCGCCCGGUGGUGUUCCUGGUCAACCCAUGAUGCCAAACAGCAUAGACCCUACACGGCAAGGUGAUGGAGGGGAGUUUGCUGGAUGGCAAGGACCCCCGUCGAUGAACCCCAUGAACCCUCGAAUGAAUCCUCCACGGGGCCAGCCCCUCGGUCCCAUGAACCCCGGGAACUAUGGAGGUAUGAGGCCACCACCCAACAGCACGAUGGGUCCCGGAGGUCCCAACAUGCCGCCCAUGUCCAUGCCUGGUCCCGGUGGGAGACCUUGGCAACCUAACGCAUCAUCGAUGAACUACUCUUCAGCAUCACCUGGUAGCCACUACGGGGGCCCACCAGUGUCGGCUUCGGGACCUCCAGGCCCCGGCACGCCCAUCAUGCCAAGUCCGCAAGGUACCCCCGGCCCCUUCUCCCCCGCCAGCCAUCGAAUGAGUGCCCCCAACGCUAGACGAGAUUCUUCAAAUUCAGGAGGAGACGGAAUGUACGCCAUGAUGAAGCCCGUUCCAGGCGGUGGAAUGCCUGGCCAGUUCCAGAUGGGACCCGGGGGACCGGAAGGCCCCAUGGGGUCAAUGGGGCCUGACAUGGGCCCGCCCGUCAUGAAUGGCAUGUCCUCUGGAGGUGAUGGCCUGGACGGCAUGAAGAACUCGCCGGCCAAUGGGCCCGGCACGCCGCGGGAGGACGGGCCUCCCAUGGGCGAUUAUGGGAUUCCCGGAUACGGACAGGAAAAUGAUCAGACGGAAUCGGCAGCAAUACUGAAGAUCAAGGAGAGCAUGCAGGAGGAAGCCAAGAGGUUUGAGAAGGACACGCCCGCUGAGCCCCCGGACUACUUCAUGCAAUAACCGGGGGCCCCCCCGCCACCCCCGCCGCCGCCACCGCCGCCAUUGCGCGCACGUGGCAGAGCAAAGUCAAAGCCGCAGCCGAAGAAGAAGGCCGCCACCAGGGGGCGCGGGAGGCGGCGCCAGCCACCGUAGCCGUUCGUUCCCGUCUCUCGAGGACUGCCGCACCGCACGACCGGAAAAGGCCCGCGACGCGCCGCAGGAAGGGGGCAUGUGUGACUUGGGGCCCCCCCUCGGACGUGUCUUUUGGGGCCUCUUGAUCCCUUGGUUGUGCCCUCCUGCCCCGGAGACUCUUGGUUUCCUGCGACUCUUUUUUUUUUUUCUUUUUUUUCCUUCGCCGUCAGACGGUCUGUUGGCACUGUCUGCAGUGACCAAACUUGCAUGUGCGUUGUCAGUCACGUGAUGGAGGCAGUGUCAGCUACGUGCUGUCGUCUUCUUUCGGUUUAGAGAGCUCGUGCCCUGCACCGGCUUGGUUCUUGGCUGCUGCGCUCGUAGGUGCACGUUGGUAGGCAUCUUGUUGCCCGGGGCAAAGAGUGAGGAAAGCUGCCACUGACUUCUUGCCUACUACAGUGCCGUAGCAAGCCAUUGCCAUGGCAAUUGAGAGUUAACCAUUCCUAUCUGCGGUUGUGCACACCAUUCUUCUCUAUAGUGCCCCCCCUCAACCUUUAACGUUCUUCCUCACUCGAAGCACACGACGGUGGCAGCGCCAUGCACAUCCUGCGCAGCAGCCCAAGCCUAGCCGGCAGCGAUGCAUCCCUCGCUCCGGGCAAGAGCUUCUUCUUCCCGAUCCCAAGUAUGCGCAGUGUUGUUUUUCAUUGGACCAGGCGCCAUGGGAACUGGCCGUGCGGUGGUGCGCGUGGUGACUGUGCGCGGCUGGAGGAACUGGCGGAUGUUGGGCCUUCAUCCCGGAGAGACACUCGUUACGCUUCUUCCUACUUUUUGCUGCAGUGUGCCCUGCGGAGUCUUUUUUUUUUUUUUCCGUUUUGCUGGCCGUUGUGUUCCUCAUCUUCGAGGAACUCUGUCGCUCUCUCUCUUUAUCAAAAGAAGGGUUGUUUUUCAUUUGGGUGGGUGGGGUGGCUUAUGUGGAAAAUUUUCCUUUUCUACUUUCUCCUCUUUGGCAGCUGGCAACCUGUUUAUUUCUUUGGGGGCAUUCCCUGUCGCCAGAACGACACAUAGUUUCGCGGACCAGUGCCGCUUGCCGCAUAACCGGUGCAAAGUCUGCGGAUCCGCACUUUCGCCAUUCUUUCUAGCACAAGGCCAGGCAUGGUUUGGGGGCGGGGCAUGGCUACUGGACUCUUGGAUUCCCGACGAGCACAGUUGUAGUGUCUCGGACUUUUCCUCCAUCUCGUUCUCGGAGCUGGCGCACGAGGGAAAAGACCUCUCGGAUCGCGACUCCCCCCGAGAACUGCAAACAGAGGAGGAUAUAAAAAAGAGAAAUGAAAUUCAGCCGUGGUAAUGCCACGAAGCGUUGCGAUCGGUAGCAGAGUUAGCCGACGAUGCCACGGUUUUUCUCCGUGCUGUUCCGUUAAGUGUUGGUGGGGACUGGCUCGCCACUGCAGACCGUGGUGGCUGCCAUCGCGAGUCAUCUAGACCUGGCACGCUAAGUCUCUGAUGCAGAUUGUGAGGGAUGUCCGGCGUGGAUGCAAACGGUGGGCAGUGUUGUGCCGCGCGGCUCUAGGCCACAGCGUUUGACCACCAAGCUGUGGCGAGUGCACCGGCAAGUGCAAGCCGCCCUGUUGCAUAGUGGAGAAGUGUGUAAGGACUUGGUGAGAGGUUGGGCUUGUCGGUGGAGGCAUACGUACGUUGUGCUGGAUGUGUAGGCUUUGUUUUUUUUUUUUUCCAUCUCUCUCCCCGUUCUUUCGUUAAACCAUUUCAGCUUUACGGGCUUCUUUCUCGCGACGGGUUUUCGUGCUUUUCCUCGUAUUCUUUCCCACUUUUUUCUCAGUUGCCUGCAAAGCAAGGAUGAAUUGGUGUUCGUUGCUCAGCUAGUUCAUGGCACCGUGACUGCAUUGUCCGCAAGCAUCUAUUAAGUGAGACACGGGAGCUUUCGAUUUUAUCUUGCCGUCUAUGUGACGGCAGUGUUUCUAUGACAUUUGACGUACAGGCAGUUGCAGAGGGUUGCGCAGCGGUAUAUUUCCCUCGAAAGCAGUCUUGGUGCUUUUCCUUAUUUUUCAAGACUGGCAUUUUCUUCUAAGCUGAAAAGGGAACACUGUCAGUGAGCAAAGUUUGUUUCCGUAGAUUUUUUUUUUCCUGCAUUACAUGCCUGAGGCAUUUAUUCAUGGUGCAGCGUCAAUUCAAUGCCGCUGCUGCCGUUUCGAUCAUGCGGAGGACCUUGUUGCAAUGGGCAGUGUAUAAAGAGUUGGACAAGCAUGCGUUGUACAUGACUACGCAGUGUUUGCAGAGAGGGUCCUCGUGCAUACAAUGCGCGCCUCUCUCGCUACAACUUAAUAGGUCCCGAGAAGAGGUUGCACUAACAAACAGAAAAAAAAAGGUGAACGGAAAAGAAGCACAUUGUGUGCGCAGACCACUGGGACUCUCACAGAAAAGAGAAAUCGUCGAGGGGAAAUACAUUUUUUGUUUUCCUUUUUCUCCUCUGUAGAAGCAACAUGUAGGUGGGAGAAUGCGAGCGUGUGAGUGAAUGAGCUCAGAGUGCAUGUUUGCGUGGUGUCGAUAGUGAGAGUGUGUGUGUGUGUGUGUGUGUGUUUGCGCUUGGCGUGUGUAUGUGUGUGGGUGGGUUUUCAUGCACGAGUCUUGUGUGAAUGCAACCUGAAGUGGUUUUGGGAGAAUAGAUUGUGCAUGUGUACAUAAUAUAUGUAUAUGUAGGGGUACAAGGAUUACAGAUGGUGUGAGGAUUAAAAAAAAAACAAAACAAAGAUGUUUAGAAGAGAGUUCUACCCUGGUUGCAUUUUUUGAGGCUUUUUCCUCAUUCUCUUUGUUUUUUUUUUAUGUUUUUUUCCCUCCCCCUAUCUCCACGACACACAAGCGCUCCUGAUUUGCCGAUUCGCGUGCAGCGCUUAGAUCCUCAUCUCUCGCUGCAUGUUGCAUCGGCCGUGUCCAUAUCGCAGUGGCGGGACGACGCUUCCAUAGCGUGAGCUUUGUUCCCAGCACUCUUGGUGAUCGUCGAUGCUGUCGCUUUCAAUUUCUGGGGGCUGCGUGCUGCAAAGUGGAUGAGCCGCGUCGUAGCAGACUACCAGAAGGAGGCAUUGUGCGCUGUCGAGAUGAGUCGGGCAACGAUUCAAUUUCGUUGAGAAUGCCUGGUCCACUUCGGCUGCGCUUGCCCCACGUUUCUCGACACUCCCUCGACCCCCAGAGUGUGUCGACUCUUGCCAACGUUGCAAGCAGUUAUGCUGCAUCAGGUUUUCUUCUCGUCGCAGAAGGGGGUCGAGAGGGGUGCUGCAACUUACCUGGUUCGUUUGCAAGAGGGGGAGGAGGCAGGCGUUUUCUUUAAUCGAGGCGGGGGGGUGGGGUUAAAAACUGCGAGCAGCACUACAUGCUUUGUAUAUAUAUGCAUAUGUACACACACGACACAUAUAUGUAAACCGGCAGGUGAGUUUAACGAGGUGAGAGCAGCUGUGUGCGAGGUGCCCGUGGUUUUUUUUUUCUUCCUCUUUUUUUUUUUUCCAUCGACUCUCCGGCUUUUCCUUCCACACGUGGCCGAAGCUUCGUCGUGCGGGGGCGAAGCCAAACGACAACUACAGAGGGGUACUGUUUGGUUUAAUUUAUAAUACACGCGGCGCUCUCCUCCUUUCUCUCCUUCGCCUGUGUAUCACCUUGUGCAUGUGUACUCUCUCUCCCUCCCUCCCCCGGAAAAAAAAUCGUAUGAAACAAAGUGUUUCUGUUUAA